UAUUGUAGCCAUAUUUUUAGAAAAUGCUGAUAAUAGAAUCUGAAAUUUGAUGCACCUUGUGUACAACGUUAAGUUAAAAAUUUUGCAAAUUUGUUAUUUUAGUUUAUUUGGAUUGUUUUUGAAUUACUAUUUACGGAACCAAGAUGAAUAUUAUUAAUUUGACCGAAAAUCCAAAUAGACCCGAUAUUUUUCACAAAUACAAUGUAGAGAGUAGGCAUGCGCUCGUUAUAGAUAAUGGUUCCUUUAAGUGCAGGGCCGGCUGGAGCAACAGCGAGAAGCCAAUACUAGAUUUUCGUAAUUUUAUUUUAAAGCCAAGAAGAGAUAGAAGGAAAGAAGUGACAGACCCUUUGAUAAACAAACAUACUCAAAUAGGCAAUGCUAUAACAAAUCUGGAAUCCGUAAGGUUAAAUCUAAAAACCCAGUUUGAUCGUAAUGUUGUUACGCAUUUCCACAAUCAAGAACAGAUAUUUGAUUAUAUUUUUGCACAUUUGGGUGUUCACAAUGAAGAAAGCUUCACACAUCCUGUACUACUAACAGAAGCGCUCGGUAAUCCAAAUUACUUCCGGCAGCAAAUGAAUGAGUUACUUUUUGAGUGCUAUGGUAUACCGUCUGUUUGUUAUGGAAUUGACUCAUUAUUCAGUAUGAGGCAUAAUGCCGUCGGCUCUGAUACCCUCAUUAUAUCGUUUGGUUAUAAUACUACUCAUGUGAUACCAGUCCUAGAUGGCCAAAUGAGAAUUGAAAAUGUUCGACGUUUAAACCUCGGCGGUUACCAUAUUAUACAUUAUUUGCAUCGACUUAUGCAAAUGAAAUAUCCUAUGCAUAUAAAUGCCAUCACGAUAAGUAAAAUAGAGACUUUAUUACAUUGUCAUAGUAGCAUAGCUUUGGAUUAUUUGGAGGAGUUAAGGCGUUGGUCUGAUAUAGAUUACUAUACGGAUAAUGUAAAAAAGAUCCAACUGGCUUUCGUGAUGCCUACCACGCAAGGUACACCGCAAAAUCAGGAUCAAAAGAUAGAAAAGCGAAAAGAGUUGACAAGAAGACUUAUUGAAAUAAAUGCACGCAGAGCUAAGAGCAAGCAAUUGGAUAUGGAGAAUCAAUUACGUUUUAUGGCUAGCGUUAGAGAGUUGUACGAAAUUGGUGAAAUGGUAGAAUUCGAAGCAGCGUUAAAACAAAACGAUCUAGAAAAUGUAGUUGCAUUAGAUAAAACUAUAUCUUCACUUCGCGCUCGACUUCAGCAAAUGGAAACGUCGACACAGGAUUCUUCGCAAAUCGCGAACCGUGCUCCGAAAGAAAAGACGUCCAACAACAAAAAACCACCAACAGACGUACCAUUAGAAAAAUGGGUGUCUGAAAUCAAUCUGAAACGUGAUGAAAUCUUAGGGCGGAAGGAGGUUCGCAAAGCACGGCGUCAGGAAGCGGCUAAACGACACACCGCCGCAGCUCAGGAGCGUAUGCGUAUUAUUUCUUUACUCGCCCACAAUGAUAAAGGUAUAGAUAAUUUUGGCGUGAAUGACAAUGACUGGGAUGUUUAUAAAUCUAUAAACAAGGAUAAUGAAAGUGAUAGCGAGAGCGAUAAUGAAAAACUUUUGGAAUAUGAAACCAUACUUAGUAAACAUGAUCCCUCAUUUAAGCAAAAUGCGAUACAAAGUUCUGACGUUGCAGAAAAUUAUCAACUACACUUCAGUGUGGAAUCGAUCCGUGCACCUGAAAUACUUUUCCAACCAAGCUUAAUAGGUUGUCCUGAGAUGGGUGUAGCUGACUUAAUUGACUUCGUACUUAAACUUUUCCCUGCUGAUGAACAACAACGUUUGGUUAAUGGAAUUUUACUGACAGGAGGUUGCUCUCAAUUCGCAGGUUUAAAAGAACGGCUGUCAAAAGAGCUUCUUGAAAAGCGGCCCUUUAAGACACCAUUUAAAAUAUAUGCUGCUCCAUCCCCCGAAAUAGAUGCCUGGCUAGGUGCAAGGGAUUUUGCGAAUUCCAAUGACUUUAACAAUUCUUUGACUUUGAAAUCCGACUAUGAAGAAAAAGGUUCUGAUUAUUUUAAAGAUCACUUGUACAGUAAUCGAUAUUAUGCCAAUGCAUAAACUUGCUAAAAAAUAUAAUAAAUUUAAUAUUAUGAAAAUAA